GAUUUCCUGAUCCAGACCAAACCAACAAGCCCUCGGACAGCCUCUGACAGCCUAUUAUGCUGUGCCGCCUACCGCCUCGCCUCGCCGCUCAUCGCUCGUACAUAGAUGAAUUCCCGCUGCGAUCGAUGCUCCCCGAGUUUCCAUCCUGUCUCCCAAAGCUCAACACCUGCAUUCUGUUGUCCCCAUUACUUUUCGCAUUCGCCCACGCUGCCAUAUUUAACGCUGACUGCCGCCACGGCCACAUAGAUCCCGUCUUCGUUGCACGCGAGCCACUGUGCUCUCCGACCGAAUCCUCCUUACGCUGAUGACUGCCCUCUCAAACUGAACACCGGCAAGAAUAAGCAUGGUUGAGCUGAUACCUCCUCCUGAUCCCCUCUCUUUACUCCCUCCCUUGCUCGCAUGUCUACCUACCUCCUUCGCAUCUCCUAGACCUCCGCCCGCACUGCUACCUUUGCUGUCCCCAAUACUACGGCAGCGGUUACAACUACACACGUCGACGUCGUCACGCGACAACUGGGCUGCACUAUUAUGCUGGGAUGCGAACAAAGGCCAAAUCCUGAAGGACAAGAUUGAAGGCGCAGUCUUCGAACCUCACCCGGCUUCGGGAGAGAUUGAGGUUGGCGACACACAUCAGAUAAAAUACAAGAGAUUUGACGAGGAGACAUUGCGGGCCCAGAUUCCUUUAGUGGACUGGCCAUUUACCGCCCUGUACCUGUGGUGCACCGGUAGUGACGAGGGAAAUGCCUGGAAACUUGCAGAAUUAUUACCGUAUGACCAAGAUCUUCAAAAAGACCCUUCAUGGUCAACCUCUGUUGCAGAAGCAAACGAGAGCUCCAAGGAGCGGCUGGUGAACGAAGCUUUGCAGGAAGCAGACGACGCUGAAAACGCAAGAGGCCAAAGAAACCUCUCGGUACCACCACCGAACGAGGAUGACUACUGGGCCAUGUAUGACAACACGCCGAGCAGGACCCCUGCUCGGAAAGAAUCAGUCCAACCUCCGCGUGAAGGCCCUUCUGAAGACGACUACUACGCUCGAUACGGAAGUGUGCAGCCUGCCAUGGACAAUCACGACCCAGACGAGCAGAUGGAAGGCAGCCAAGAACCUCAUUUGAAUGGACACGCGCUGCAACAGAUGCUGUCGGCACACCAGCAACCACAUACAGAGCCAGAUCCGCCUCCAUACCAAGGAGGGUUUGCCGACCUCGCAAAUGAUCCAGAGGACAUAGAAGUUGAGGUCAACCAUCCAGUGCCCUCGUCUCCGUCUUCGAGGGGAUCCGACGCGGUCGCCCGGCUGGAAGAGCAUGCAGAGCGAUAUGGAGCAUCAGAAAUAGGAAUCAGGCAGCAUAUCAGUACCAGCAUGAAAAGCAUGUACCGGUUGGCGCGUAGUGCGGGCAUCACCCGGGAGGAAUUUGAGCGGAUGAUGCAAAGGGAAUUGGAAACUCUGAGUCUUCUGGAUCUAGACGAGUGAAGAUCCGUGUCCUUUUUGUUGUAAAUAGUGUUCGCAGGUUCGGAAUGAGAUCAAAAUGUUUCGCAUAAA